UCUUUUGGAUAAAGCUUUGAGGCCUCCUCCGCCUCCCUCCGUCGCGGCUUCUCUCUGUCGCCUGUCUCUCCGGAGAUUAUUGCCGACGGGAUGCUCGCAAACCCUACACUACGUCAUGGCGGUCGCGCUCAUCCUUUCUCGUCUCCCUCGGCUCCUCUUUUCUUGUCUUCGCCGUGGCGCACGAGCCUUCUGAUCGCCUCCUCUCGCGUCUGCCCCUUUGCCCCCUUCUCCCGCUCCUUCUCUUCCUUCCCAUCGCUCGGAUGGAAGCGGAGGAGGUCUCGGGUCGGCGCUUCUCUGGAGUCGGUUCCGUGCGAGGUAGGCGGCUCCGCGGAUGAUGGAGCCGGUACCGUGUCGAACAAGUUCUCCGUCGAGAUUCCCUUCGGCAACCGUCGUAUACUGGUGGAGACGGGCCAUAUUGGGAGGCAGGCUAGCGCUUCUGUGACGGUCACCGAUGGGGAAACUAUUGUGUACUGUUCAGUAUGUCUAUCUGACAUACCAAGUGAGCCUUCUGAUUUUUUUCCACUCACUGUAAAUUAUCAAGAACGCCUCUCAGCUGCCGGUCGAACUAGUGGUGGGUUCUUUAAACGAGAAGGGAGAGCAAAAGACCAUGAGGUUCUUACUUGCAGAUUGAUAGACAGACCUCUGCGUCCGACCAUGCCAAAGGGUUUCUACUAUGAAACACAAAUAUUAUCAUGGGUUUUUAGCUAUGAUGGCAUUCAUUCCCCUGAUUGCUUAGCUGUCACAGCAGCAGGCAUAGCUGUAGCUCUUUCAGAAGUACCCUACACAAAAAUAAUUGCUGGUGUCAGAAUUGGUUUGGUGGGAGAAAAGUUUGUCGUCAAUCCAACUACCAAAGAGAUGGAAGAGUCAGAAUUGGACUUGAUAAUUGCAGGGACUGAUAGUGCCAUAUUGAUGAUAGAGGGCUACUGUAACUUUCUCACAGAAGAAAGGCUGCUUGAAGCUGUGGAGAUUGGGCAGGUUGCAAUAAGGGAGAUAUGCUAUGAAGUGGAGUCCUUGGUUAAGAAGUGUGGAAAGCGGAAAUUGGUUGAAGCUAUCAAGUUGCCUCCUAUUGAGCUUUAUAGGCAUGUUGAAGACAUAUCUGGUGAUGAUUUAGUAAAAGCACUGCAAAUAAAAAACAAAAUACCAAGAAGGAAGUCUCUUUCUGCCAUAGAAGAAAAUGUCUUGACAAUACUUACUGAAGAAGGCUAUGUUUUGAAGGAAGAAACCAUUGGAGGUGUGGAGGUGUCAGAGGAUGUCUAUGAGGAAGAAGAUGAAGAUGAGGUCAUAGUUGUUGAUGGUGAAGUUGAUGAAGGUGAUGUUCAUAUAAAGCCAAUGUCACGUAAACCUGUGCCCCUGCUAUUCUCUGAGGUUGAUGUGAAGCUGGUCUUCAAGGAAGUCACAUCCAAGCUUCUCAGGAAGCGUAUUGUGGAGGGUGGAAAACGCAGUGACGGUCGAAGCCCUUCAGAAAUUCGUCCAAUUAACUCACAGUGUAGAUUACUUCCGAGAGCACAUGGAAGUGCUCUGUUCACUCGUGGAGAAACACAGUCACUUGCGGUGGUUACUCUUGGAGAUAAACAAAUGGCACAAAGGAUAGACAAUCUUGUGGAUACAGAAGAAUUAAAGAGAUUUUAUCUUCAGUAUUCAUUUCCACCAUCAUGUGUUGGUGAAGUUCGGCGGAUGGGAGCACCCAGUCGGAGGGAGAUUGGUCAUGGGAUGCUUGCAGAACGUGCACUUGAACCUAUUUUGCCUUCUGAUGAGGAGUUUCCUUAUACCAUUCGUGUUGAGAGCACCAUAACUGAAAGUAAUGGCUCGUCGAGUAUGGCAUCUGUCUGUGGUGGUUGCUUGGCACUUUUAGAUGCUGGAGUUCCUAUUAAGAACUCUGUUGCUGGGAUAGCAAUGGGUAUGGUCUUGGAUACAAAAGAAUUUGGAGGGGAUGGGACCCCACUAAUUCUCUCUGAUAUUAGUGGAUCUGAAGAUGCUUCUGGAGAUAUGGAUCUUAAGGUUGCGGGUGAUGAAAAUGGUAUAACUGCAUUUCAAAUGGAUAUCAAGGUUGGAGGGAUUACCUUGCCUGUAAUGCAACAAGCACUUGUUCAAGCAAGAGAUGGACGGAAACAUGUUUUAGCUGAAAUGAUGAAGAGCUCCCCACCUCCAUCAAAGCAACUCUCUAAGUAUGCUCCAUUGAUUCAUGUUAUGAAGGUUAAACCUGACAAAGUCAAUAUAAUUAUUGGGAGUGGUGGGAAGAAGGUUAAAAGCAUCAUCGAGGAGACUGGAGUUGAAGCUAUUGAUACCCAAGAUGAUGGGCUAAUUAAAAUUACUGCAAAGGACUUGUCAAGUUUAGAGAAAUCGAAAGCUAUAAUAGCCAAUUUGACAAUGGUUCCAACCGUUGGUGAUAUUUACAGGAACUGUGAAAUCAAGUCAAUAGCACCUUAUGGAGCUUUUGUUGAAAUUGCACCAGGACGGGAGGGUCUAUGUCAUAUCAGUGAGCUUAGUUCAACUUGGUUGGCAAAGGCUGAAGAUGUUGUUAAUGUAGGAGACCAUGUUGAUGUGAAACUUAUUGAGAUAAAUGAAAAGGGUCAACUUCGAUUAAGCCGUCGAGCCCUGCUUCCUGAUGGAGACCUGGACACUAGUGGAAAACCAAAAACAAGUAAUUCCAUAAAAGAGAAUAUACCUCCCCAAGAUGAUCUUGUUAAAAUUGCAGCGAAGAAGCCGUUGAGAAAAGAUGAAACUGGACAGAUUGUAGAUCAAGGUGAGAAUUCUCAGAAAAAGAUCACAGUUCCACUUAAGGAAGCUACUUCAGCUCAAGGAAAAUUGAGUGAUAAAAGCAAGGAAAAGGCUAUAAAGAAAUUAGCUCACCCUGUUAGAGAUGGUCAGUUUGUCAACAAACAAAAAAAGAGCAUUGACAAAGCAGUUACUGGUGUGGUUCCGUCAGAAGGAAUGGUUAACGGAGAAGUCAAAACUGGGUAGUGGUUGUGUAUUAUCUCAUAACUUGCUUAAAGUACCACAGCUCAGAACCUCUGGUACUGAAUAUGCACUGCAGUCUCUGGGAAAGGAUCUCAAGAUGUUGAACGAGAUGAUGCUGGUUUCUUAACUGUAUUCAUUUACAUCCGAGGAAGAUGGUGGCUCCAUUUGUUUCUUUCACUCCUGUGUAGCCAUUAUUUUGAUCAUCAAACUGGACUCUGACCAUGGAUGCAUUGCAGUAAACCGUGCAGAAUAUCUGCCAUCAUUUACACCCUGCUUUAUGCAAAUUGCAAACACUUUCUUUGGAUGCAUUCCUUUUUAUUUUUUCAUCUAAUGAAAGCAAUGUGAGAUUCAGGAUGGAUUUCCCACAGCAAGAGCAAUCAUCAGAUUAGAACAGACGAGCAAAAUUAUGUGUAUGAGUAGUUAUUUCUUUGGUGUGGGAAGAUAAGAUCAAUUUGGCAGAGUAACUAGUGGAUCUUUCUCCUUUUCUUUGGCCUGCCAUGGGUGAGCCCGAACCUACAACUGAUUAGAGUUGAACAAAUUUUGUUGUUGUUGUUGUUGUUCAGUUUAUUUGUUUUGGUAAGCUUGUCUCUAUAAAUUAGCAGGACGUACAAUCAAUUGUAUAUGCAGAAUAUAUGGUGUUGGACACUGCUGAGAUCUUGGCUACAUUACAAGGAAGUUGGGAACCUCUAUUUUGUCAAGACUUAUUUUAUUUUAUUAUUUGUUUUUUAAAA